CAGGAAAGCGAAAGAUGAUCAGUUCAGAGCCUUUGAGCAAGGGGAAAAGAAAAACAAGAUUUUACAUUUUUAAUAAGAUAUUUUAUAGUAUUUUUAAAAAGCAUAUAAAACCCGUAAUACAGAAGUUAAUGUUUUGUUUUGUCUGAAAUGGACCAAGUGGGUGGUACCUUCUAGUGUUCGAGUAAGCUCCGACACGUGACGUGGAGAUGACCAAUCAGGUGCACCUCCAGGUUUAACUACGUUAAAUGUCAGAUUGCAAUAAACUAGAAGCUGUUGGUCUGGCCCGCGGAAAUGGGCGAGCAUAAUCUUCUUAAUCCUGGGUUUGUGGGACCUUUGGUAAACAUCCACACUGGAGACAGGUUUUACUUCCCGAAUUUUAGAGCCUCAGGGGGACAGCUGGCGGGGCUACCGUCUCUCUCGUACCCUAGAAGGGACAAUGUUUGCUCUCUCCCGUGGAAUCCAUCGGAGUCGUGCAAUGGAUAUCCUCAGUCUUACUUUAGCAGUCCCGUAUCCAUUAACCCCUCUUUUAAUCGAUCUUGUGAAAUAACCCGACUGGAGGAAAGCAAGUGUUAUUAUGGCAAUUCCAGCAGCACCAGAGAGUCGUGUUCAGACAGCAACAAUCUCAAACGAGAGGAGCGAGCAAGAGAUACAUCAGUAUCGUCUGAUCACGGGAUGCACAAUGGGAUGGGCAACAGUGGCACCUUCUCAAAGUAUGAUUAUGGCACCGAACAUCUGACCCAAGACCCGCCAUCCUGUCAGUCGUUGGAGUCCGACUCCAGUUCUUCAGUGCUAAACGAUGGAGGAAAGACUUCAGCAAGCGAUCCACAAACCCUGGUAUCGCAAGGAAACCACGCAAGCAAUAUCGCCAGUGGAGGAGGUGCCCCGUGGUACCCGAUGCACACCCGGACCCGCAAGAAGCGAAAGCCCUAUUCCAAACUGCAGCUGGCCGAGCUUGAAGGAGAGUUCAUGCUGAACGAGUUCAUCACCCGGCAGCGACGUAGGGAGCUGUCUGACAGGCUCAAUCUCAGCGACCAACAGGUUAAAAUUUGGUUUCAAAAUCGGCGGAUGAAGAAAAAGAGACUGUUACUAAGGGAGCAGGCGCUGUCCUUCUUCUAAGGAGGCAGAAAAUAUACAUUGCCCAAUGCUAGUCCAACAGCAGUAUUUAGGUAAUGGUAAUCUGCCAUUGGCCCAUUUUACUCUGAAAGUCUUGCCCAAUGACACAUUCAGAAAACGCGAAUAAGAGUUCAAACAUUUAUGGGUACGCGACCAAAUGAUAGCUCUAAAAGUCUGCUUAUACUAUGUGGUCUAGUGUUUAUUUAAGAGGGUUUGUGCCCAGCAAUUGUGGGCAUGAGUACAGUGGUAAUGUUUUAGUCUUGAACGUAAAAAGCUGUCUAAGCCAUCUCUCACUUUAUUAAGUAAUUAACUGCUAGGUAGAAAUUCAGACAAAUAUAAGCUGUGAGAAUUUCGGACAGUAAAAUGUUUUCUUAUCAGUCUUAAUGAUAUCAAAAUGAUCGCUAAAUAUUUAUUGUUGGAGUGUUAAAAGAUCUUUUGAAAUUAUAACACACUCGUGCCAUUAUCAGUGUUCUAAGCUACAAAAAAAAAAAAAAUGGACUGAAACGCCAUAUAUGUGGUCAUAAUGAGAAUCCUUAACUGUUCGUAAUCUCCCAUCUAUGUUUUUAUUUUGCCAGUUAUCGCUAAGAAAGAGCCUUUCAAACUCAAUACUCAACAAUAAGAAGUGUGGGCAGUGUUAAGCCAUCAACGUCUUAUCUCCGUUCCGCAGUCAUAGCCACGUGUUCUAUGGCACGUUCACGGUCACGGGCACAAAGUUAGUGACCCAACUCAUAUCUUGGGCCCUUGAGAACCAAACUGCAAUUACAGAACAGCUUUUAUGAAUAGACUUUGAUCUAGCCUGUGAAAUGUCAAUCUGACAAAUGUUAGGAGAUUACAACUAGAUAUUGGCCAAAGUGUAAAUUGGUAGGCCUGCAGCUAAGCCGCACAAACGCGACUUCCUGCUAAUAAAAUAUUUAUUCUUGAUAUAGUGAAAAACGUUAUAAUCGUCUCCAUCAUAUUUGCAUUUUUAACAGCAUAAAUUUCCCAUUAACGAUUGCUUGUCCCUUGAUCUGUGUAAUUUGGACAUAUUCGCUUAGGUCUACUUAAUUAAUUCACAACAACAAUGCUUCUGGGAGAGAAAUGCAUGAUCAAGUAAUAUUAAGACGCGCAAUGUAAAUUAAAAAAAAAUAAUAAAAAAAUGACCAAUUCAUAACUGUAAUGAAACUAGCAAUCAUACAGAAGAGAUCAGAUUUAAAUUCCAAUAUUCACGAGCCUGUUUUGCUAAUUAGCGGGACCCAUUGUGUUAUUAGAAACAUUAUUUACUCAGAUCAUGGAUUAUAUGCCAGUGAAAUAGUUCAUAUUUGCUGCAUGAUUAUAAUGACUGUAGUUAGAAGGUAAAAAAGCAAAUGUUUUUCCGGCUAUUUUUUGUCAAAAAGGCGCAUGUAUUAUUUUAAAACACCUUAUCAAACUGAAAAGAACGUUUUGACACGGAACUGGUCAAAAGUUGGUAUAAUCUAAAGAAGUUUAUUCGUUUGUAAGUAUUAUUAUUAAUAAGUAUUAUUAUUAUAUUAUAAAGUAAUUUGGCAGAAGUCGGUGCUACGUUUUUUUUCUUUUGUUGUUGUUAUUGGUCUGAUAGUUUGGCGAUUGACAUUUGCUUUAAACCCUAUUUUUGUGAAUCUAUAGAAAAUACAAUUAUAUGAAUGACAUCAACAACUAUAUAACAAUGAUCGUCACAUUUCCCCCUCUUUGGAUUGUUUUGUGAAAUUGUCUCCGAUGUAUAAUUUUUCUGUGUUGUUCUGUGUAAUUUUGUGAAUGCUCCAGUGUUGCAUUCCUUUGUACCUUGCGAUUAAAAUGUCUUGUAAAUAAUGUUCAUGAAUGUAUCCACAUAUGUGUAACCUACAGUUUCUGAUUAAUAAAGUCCUUAAACUUCA